AUGCCAGAAACUCCGGAUCCAGUCCAGGACAACCCCCGGGAUUUCCAUCAGCUUUCGGUACGGAAUAUCGGGGAGCCGUUGGUUAUUCCGGAGGCCCAUGCUGGGGAAAUGGAUCGACCUCCCGCGGAGUGGGCACACUUUAUCUGGCUGGCCCCUUUUAGAGUCGCUCGCCAGACUCGUCAGACUCGUCAGACGCAACACCUCAAGGGUAAACUCCACGAGCUGCUAAAAAACGAACCGGUGCGGGAGCUUACGUGCCGGAAACGCUACUUCGCGAGUGGCAGACGCCAGGAUGAAAUCAUUGGCAACAGCCUCGCCAACGUGGAAUCAGCAGCUGUCUUCUGCCAGGGAGUGGUCCAGCUCGAUGAGAAGCAGUGCGACAGCUGUCUAAAGGCUUUCGGCCCUUGGGCAAAGUGCGUGCAACUGGAGGGCGGAGAAGGCCAUCUUGCGGCCUGUGCAAACUGUAUCUGGAACGGAAAACACGAGCGAUGCAGCUUAUGGCGGAAUGCGCAGACAGGGUCGACCCCAGAGCGUCAAAAUCAGGGCCACCAACGGAACAAGCCAUCAAUCAGCAAGAAGAUGGCUAGUGAUGCAUGGGCUGAAGCUAAACGCAUUUUGAGUCGGGUGAAAGGACUCAGUGCCAAAAUUGUGCAGGCUCUCGAAAAUGAGCAAUUUGAAAGGGCUAGUGCGCUGCUCGAGGAGCAAAAGCAGUGGAUCGAGGACUUCAAGCGUCCAGAGGGCAUUCUGGACCUCUUUUUCCACGCUUAA